CGUUGUGCAUGUUUGUCUUGGAAAAUAUCACCUGCAGAUUACAGUACAACAACUAGCUGCAACCACAAUAGCUAAGUGAUUAAAUGAUUGUCAAAAUAUCCUCAUAAGUGUCGUGAACUUACUGAUACGGCAAUGCAAACUAAACUCAGUAAGAUAAAAUGUUGAAAGGUCCUUUUGCCAAUGACUAAUGUUUCAGGAAGUGAUGUUCAGUGAUCAUGUGAUGUUUCAAGAUGCUACAAUAUUUUGAGGAGAUGGACUGUAAGAGAAAUUAGCUAGGGUCAAUGCAGAAAUACUGUUUGGAUUCUGGGGAAUAUAAUAACUAUUAUAUUAACGAGUAUCUCUUUACGCAUCUGUGUUUGGGAAGAUGUCAGCGCCCCCUAGUGGCAGACUAUCACUGGUGCAGAGUCUGGCCAGUCUACUGCGAAACUCUGGAGACACAGUCUUGGAGGGCACCAGCACCCUGACCCUCCAGGCUGAAGGCCUCCAGCAUCUCACCCGCCUGUUUGAGCAGUACCUUCUGUCACGGAAACACCAGCAUGGGUUCCUGGCUCUGCCUUCCCACCCGGCUGACACAGCCUCUAUGCUGCAGGUGCAGUUCCUCUUCGACAUGCUGCAGAAGACCAUCUCCCUCAAGCUUUUUAAUCCUAGUGAGUCGAAGCUCCAAUCAGCAGUGAAAAUCUUCCCAUUCAAGUCUCUCAAAUACUUGGAGGUGAAGCGGAUCCCCCCACACUGCCUGGAGGGACUGAGAGCUGUGUACUCCCAGCUUGAGGUCUUCAUCUGCUCCAAGAGCGUCCAUUCCCUGGAGGAGCUCAUUUCUUCAUGUGGGGGUGAUCUGAGUUCUGCCUUGCCAUGGCUUGAACUGCACACAUUAAAUUUCAGCUAUAACUCGAUCACUGCACUCGACAGCUCACUGAGUUUACUGAAUGUUCUGAAGUCCUUAGAUCUGAGUCACAAUAAAAUCCAAGAGUGUGCUGACUAUUUACUACCUCUCUGCGAGUUGAAGCAUUUGAAUUUGGGGUACAAUUUUCUAACCGAGGUGCCAACACUCAGUCCCAGCUGUCGAGCCAAGCUGGUCACCCUCAUCCUCCGCAACAAUGAACUGGAGAGCAUCAAUGGCGUGGAGCACCUCUCCUCUCUACAGCACCUCGACCUGGCGUAUAACCUCCUUCUGGAGCACACCCAGCUUGCCCCCCUCUCGCAGCUACACUGUCUCAAUCAGCUUAACUUGGAGGGAAAUCCGCUGUACUUCCAUAGCACUCACCGAGCCACCACUGUCAGACACAUUUCUCCGAAAGCAGCCUUCCUCAAACUCAAGUUGGAUGGGAGUACUCUGUCGUUCUCUGAAUUAGCGGUGCUGCCGAAACAAGGUCAGCUGAUUGGCCGGGCUCUGCGAAGCUCCUCCCAGGAAGUGAUACUGUCUGAGAAGGGGAACCAGGAAGUGUCCAGUGGAGGAGGUGACAUGAGUGACAGUAUGUCCCAGAGUGAAAGUGGGCCAGCAAGGCUCUCCCGCAAGAAAUCCAAGAGCAAGAUCAAGGUGAGAAGAGCCAGUAUUUCCGAACCCAGUGACACAGACCAUGAUCACAAGAGCCAGUAUACCUCACCUGACAUAGUCCUACGACACCAGAAGGAGAUCGAACAGAUGGAUAGCUUCCGUGACCAGCUGGGGGAGGACUGGCUGCGUUAUAAACACCACCUGGAGGAGGCGAGUGAGGCACAGCCCAAAGCAGGCCCAAGCAGCAGCUCUCUUACAGUAUCUGGCCACAGUCCAAACAACCAACAAAAAACAGCAGGCAACCCCAGGAAGACAAUGCGUGUCUCUCCAGAGCAGAGGCCGAACGGAACCCAGGUGACAUCAGAACCUGGAGAGGCAGAGCCUGAGGUAGAAGCAAGUGAGUCUACCCUGGAGUGGGAGGAGCAUAGCCAGGAGGGGGUGGAGUCUGUCCUUGAGGGGUCAGAUCCAACCCUUGAAGAGUGUGUCCAGGAAUUUGAUAGAGAGGCGAUGAUUGAAAAAAGAAGAGAGGAGGAGGAGGAAGAUGAAGAGGACGAUUUAGAAGUGGAUCUCUGCCACCCCCUGGUGGUAGGCGUCGUGCCCGACAGGGAGUUCCCGGAGUCGGGCGGCUCGCGGCUCUUCCUCCGGGUGAAGCCUCGGCACGCAGUGGAGGUAGACCUGCAGAGUGCCAGGGUCCUGGCCCGACUGGAGCUUGACAGUCUGAGAGAGGUCAACACCUCCCAGGCCACCUGGAGAGAAAAGGGCAGGGAGGAAACUCUUCCAUCACUGGAACUGCAAUUCAGUUAUGUCAGCAGGGACCGGCAGAGGCGGCGAUACGUCAUGCUAGAUGAAAACCCACAGCAGGCCUUGCAGUCCUUAACAGAGGCCUUCUCUAAGAUUGCAGAGGAGAAUGUGCAAAAGUUCUUGGAGCUGGAGCCCGAGUCUGUGCGCCUGCAGUGCCUGAAGUGUAAGCUGGAGUUCACACCAGGAAAACCUGAGGAGCAGUGGAGGCUCCACUCUCUCAGCAAGGCCCGAGGGGAGGAGCUAGAGGAAGGGGCACCGACAGCUGGCACAGCUCUUGUCUGCCCAGCAUGCACCAGUGACCAUGUGGUCCAGCUUGCCAGCCAAUCAAAACGUUGCACCAGCAGCCCGGUGCCAACCAUCUCAGAAAGGACUUCCAGCAUGCUGAAGAUCGCCUUUGUUGACAGCAACCCUCCCACAGAAGAGCAGGGUGCUAGAGUUUGGACAGAGUCUCCCAUGAGCAGCAGCCCUCGAGAAAACAUCCCAGUUUCUGAGGAUAAUGGGACUGAUAAUGAUACGUUGAAAAUGAAUGAACACAGUAACGUAACUGAAACAGACUCGUUUCUCACGGCUAGAAACCUAAGUUUCUACAUCGGAGAGGAGAACACUGUGACGGAGGUGGUGCGAGACAGCUGGGGAGACAAGGCCCGCGAGGCUUCAUUUAAUAGCAGGGACACACAGCUAGCGAGUUUCAGCACAGCUGACCCCUCAACACCUGUGAACAAGAGGGAUUCCUUUACCAGCGGGACGCCGGGGGAGAUCCUGUGUAAAGAAAACAGUUUGGCUGGGAGCUAUAGCUACAGUAUGCUGGUGGUACCUAAACCACCUUCAGAAUAUGGGGAAGCGUCAAGUGAGGCUCAAUACAACCUCUUCACAGAAGAUUUCCAGAGAGUGGAUCACAGGCUCAAGCUGUUCUUUGAUGUUGAGGUGUUUGAAGAGAACACAGAGGAGCUGCAGUGUUUCCUGAAGCUGUCAACAGUGAAAUGUGGAGAACCAGAGGAGAUUCCUUCACUGCUGGUCGUAUCAGACCACUGGAUUUAUGUCUUGGAGAUCUUCUCAGAGAUACAAGGUCAGCCGUCUGAUUGGCUGCAGAAGCGCGAGUGCCAUCGCAUCUUAGAACUAAGCUACCUGGAGGUGGGGCUGGGCAGCCAGAGUAUCAGAGCGGAGUUUGAGGACAGUGGAGCCGCCUACACGCUGCUGAUCCGAGACAGGGCAAAGUGCAAGAGCUUCUUCAAUCUGCUUACAGGUAUUAUCCGUGGAUUUGCCCCCAAUUCUGACAGCAAACUGAAAUCCAUCUCAACCACAAGAGUCAAUCCCCAGCACCACCUCUGGCCUUUAUUGUGUGAAAAUGCUGAAUCGGACAUUUCAGAAGACAGCCAGCUACAUUUCUUCUAUCUCCUGGCAUUUUUAGUUCAAGAUGGCAGUUUGGCCCCAAUAACAGUGCUGGUGACGCAAGCCACGCUCUACCUGCUGAGUGAAGACCACCAAUGGAGAAAAGGCAUGUCCAGCCAGACAUCCAACGGGAACACAGAAUCCAUUUGUGGGACGGUCCACAUCCACAAGACACAGCCAAUCAGCUGUGUUAGUUCAGUUCAUCUCUUCUUGUCUGCCCCCUGCAGAGUCGAUAUCAAGCUUUAUGAUGAGAUUUCCAAGGAUGAGAAGACAUGGUGCCUGCAGACAGAGAGCCAGGAUCUGCUGAAGGAUCUUGUGGAGUGGGUCAGGACUCAAUGGGAAGCAAUGUUUGGAGUCAAACUCAACAUCAACCUGCACGAAACAGGUUCCUAAGGGAACUGCCAUGUUCAACUUACCAAGGACAUGUCAUUCUUUUAAAUCUAGAGGUUAUUGUGAUUCACAAGGGUUUUUUUACAAAGUGGGUUAACAUUUGCUUUGUUGCAUAUUAAUGGAGGAUUUCUGUUAACGUAAAGCUUAUGUGAACUAUUUACUGUUCUAACACUACAGUAUGUACUACAUACUGUUGCAAAUGUCUUGUAAGUGUGAAACUUUUGGAAUAUAAUAUAGUCAAAAAGUGCUGUCGAAAUGGCAAAAACACUGGUAUAUUUUAGUAGUGGGUUUCCAGUGCUUCAUCCAGGAAAAGCUCCACUGUGCUGAAGGGCAGGGUGAGUCAUACAAUUAAGAGCUUGCUAGUUCAAAUCCAGUUUGCACUGAGUUGGCCAUCUUGGCUAGGAGCCCACAGGGAGUGCUGCAUUUACAUUAGUGCGCCCGUGGGUUGAUAGAAAAUCAUCUGGUCAUAGUUCCCCUCCUUGCAUCCAGGCAACAAUUUCCCAAGCUGGGCACUUUUGAAAAGGCUCCCAACAUGCUGAAGGGCAGGGUGAGUCAUACAAUUAGGAGCUUGCUAGUUGCAUUACUUUGCCAAUCUUGGCUGGGGACACACAGGGAGUGCUGUCUUUGCAUUGGUGCUCAUGUGGGUUGAUGGAAAAUCAUCUGGUCAUAGUUCACCGCCUUGCAUCCAGGCAACAAUUUCCCAGGCUGGGUCCUUGCAUCCAUGGUUUAGUAGCGUGGUAACAUUCAUUGAUUAACUUUGUCAAGAAAAGGCCAUCUAGUGAUCUUUAGUUCUCCUGAUCGGUAGGUCGUCAGGCGACACUCGAAUUGGCAUUUCAAAUCCAGUAGAAAAACAUGGGUAAAUUAAUUAAUGAUUGAUCAAUAAAUAAAUAAGUAGUAAACUAUAGUCUUUUGGUCAUUAGUAUACAAUACUAGAGCUUUUUUUUUUUACUUGGGAAGACAUUGGUCAAAACAUUUGUGUACCUGACCUGAAUGUAUGAUUCCGUUUUUUGAAGUUCUAUUAAAGCAGUUGUGAUAAUAUGAGCUAUGGGAUUUGCUACCAAAAUCAUUUCAUUCCCCAGCUUCCAUUUUGUCUUCUAAAGUAAUUUUGAAGCAGGCCUCAGAGUUUUCAGUGUUAGAGAAAUAACCACACAGAGCCACAUAGUGUCUGAGGUUCAAAAAUAUAAGUUGUGGGGACUGAUUUGACUUUGACAUUCCCCCAUCUGAUUAAUUACUCUGGUCAUGGCUAAAAUGUUUAAAAAAAAAAAAAAAUUGCAUGAAUGUUAUCAUUUUUUAUAAGUCGUUUUCACUAAUCUUAAAUGCCAUUUUAACAAAAGCACCUGAGGGAAAGGUUCCAUUUCACUUUUGCUUAAUUGGAGUUCUGUAGGCCGGUAAUGGUAAUAUAGAGUGUUAAAAUAUUUGUUUAUGAAAAAGUCAGCACAAAAAUGUUCCGGUUGUCUUCAGUUGACUCACCUGGGAAUAAAAGACCAAAAGAGGUCACCGCAAGCAGGCUGAAGGUGAGAAAUUGGAAAUAAAGCCGCUUUGCAAAUAGAAGCUUAUGAGUAAAGCUUAGCAAAGAAUUUCUAACACAGAUGAAAUGUGUCAGUAUGUAGCACCAACAGAGAAAAUGGCCACCAAGAUGUUUCAUUGGUAACUGAAAGGGAAACUAGAGGGUUAUAUCAAAGGCGUUUAUUUUGUUUUUAAAGAAGAGAAACAACAGGUUCUAUUACAAAAUUAACAACUUCCAAAAAAUCUGAAUUACAUUUCUUAGUUGUUAUUUUCUAGUAUUAUAAUUAAUUGGUGUUUUUCUUCUUAAAAUAACAACAAAACAACAACUGGUUACACUUUGGAAUAAAUAUCUUUGAUAAUAGCCUUUGGCAAUAUUUGGAAAUGUUAUACUGUGAAUCUGUAAAUAGAAAUAAGUAAAUAAAAAAGCAUAUUUAUUAAAUAUUAAUGUAUGUCUUAUAUAUGUAUGUAUUUUAUGAAAUGGCAAUCGUAAAAGAGUCAUUUUUUAUUAUUAUUUUGCAGAUUGUUUCAAUAAAAACAGACAUUUUGUUCAUUUGUGUGUUAUGUUUAAAUGGCAGAACAACUACAAGUUCGACAUGGAAGCAGUUAAACUGUUAAAGUGUAACAUUUUAAAUGCAAACAAGAAUUUAUGUAAUGUGUGUUUGUUUUAUUUGUAUGUGUAUUUUAUGAACUGUUUGCAUGCUGUUUGAGGUCUAGCAUCCCCAUCCACACUGAAGGUUAAUGUGCUUGGUGGUUUGUAGGGGUGUGCCAAAAUGUACCUGUUCUUUGCGGCAUUGCCACUGUUUGUUUUUUGACUUCUCUUCAGUUAAACAGUGCUUUAAAAAAUUGGAAUAAACUAAUAAACAUUCCCAAAAACUAAA